AUGUCAUUCUCAGUUGAAAAGAAAACCACUUUGGCUCAUCCAUUUCGUGCUCCAGGUAGUACUUUGAUUAGUUCUGAUCAAUCAAAUUUAAAAAUUGUUUAUAAUAAAUACAAAACAAGAUCUCCAUUACCUAAUUCGACUAAUCAAUUACGUUAUAAUUUUAUUUUUUGUCAUGGUACUGGGUUUAAUAAAUCAAUUUGGAAAUAUCAUAUUUCAAAAUUAUAUCAAUUAUCUCAAUCAUUACAAGUUCCAUGGUUUUUAGAUUCUGUCAUUGCUAUUGAUAUGGUUGGUCAUGGUGAUUCAAGUUUAGAAAACCAAGGGAAAUUGGGGACGAUUUUCCGUUGGGAUGAUGGUGCUAAAGAUGUCAUUGCCAUUAUUAAACAUGAAAUUGCAACUACGGGUGAUUUCCAAAAUAAUUUAGAAUCGCGUAAUUUGAUUAUUGGACAUUCAAUGGGCGGAUUCAAUUCUUUAUAUGCAACAUUUUUAGAACCAAGUUUAUUUGAUGCAGUUAUACCUAUUGAAGCAGUUAUUUAUGGUGCUCCUGGUGGACUUGAAAAAUUCUCCAAAAAAUUCAGUAAAAUAUCUAAAUUAUUGAUUGAUACAUUUGAUUCAAAAGAUGAUAUUAAUUUUUUCUUUAAAGAAUUUUCAUUUUUCAAAAAUAUGCAAGAUCAAGUUUCUGAUGAUUUUAUUAAUGAUGAAGUUUAUGAAAUUAAAGAUAAAGAAUCUGGUGAAAUCAAAUAUAAAUUGAAAUGUAAUACUCCUCAUCAAAUGGCAGCUUAUUAUGGUGCAUUCAUGUCGAUUCCAUUUGGUAUGUUUGCUAUUCCUCAUAUUAGAGUCCCUAUUUGUCAUGUUAUUGGAUCUAAAGGGGUUUGGAACCCGCCAGAAAGUAUAACUUGGAUUAGAGGGGCCAUUAAUAAAGAAUUCCUUGCUGGUAAAGUAGAUGUUCCCAAAGGUGAACAUUUACUUAAUGUUGAACUUCCUGAUGAAACCAUUGAUAUUAUUCAAAAUUUUACUACUGAAAGAACUAAAGCAUUUAUUGAGGCUAGAAAUAAUCUUCCAGAAGUUAAAUUGAAUAAUAAUAAAGAAGCAAUUGCUAAAGAACAAUUUCAAAAUUUGAUUGAUCUUAAAUUUGAUCAAGUUAAUGGAUAUUUCAUUGAAGAUAGAGUUGAUAAUUAUGAAGCUUUGCAAAAAUUGGCAAAAUUAUAA